AUGCUAACAACUGAGGUUAGUGCCACGUCUAACCAAAAUCAAACAAAAGAUCCUUCAGAACUUGUUUUAGAGUUUACUCAUCCAUGGACCGAUCAUGAUGAAGAACAACUCAAACAAUUGUUCCUUAUUCAUUAGGGCAAUUGGAAAUCUAUCAGCCUACAAUUGAAUGGCCCAACUCCCUUAGAAUGCAUGAUGAAAUGGCAGAGGCUACAUCCUGAUCAAACUCUCGCAAGACAAUUAUGGUCACCAGAGGAAGACGAAUAAUUAAGGGACCUAGUGCAAAAGUACGGAAAAAAAUGGAGUAAGAUAUGCACAGUGAUGAAUUGGAGAACUGGAAAACAAGUCAGAGAACGGUAUCUAAACCAAUUGCAAGGCCACAUUAACAGUGAGAAAUGGACAGAGUAGGAAGACAGGAUGAUUUUAAAAUUGUACAAAAAGUAUGGAACGAAAUGGAGUUACAUAUCCAGUUUCCUUAAUGGCAGACCCGAAAACAUGGUAAAAAAUCGGUUUUAUGCCAAUUUGAAAAGAAGAUUCCAAUCUGAUCUGGAGAAUUCAGAAGAAGACCAAUGUCAGGACUCUCAGGAUUCCUUCAAUGUUACCAAAUACAAGAAGAAGAAGAAGCUCAAACCCUGUAGAUUCAUCAGCGAUUCCAUUCAGAUCAAGAAAUCUUAGCUCCAAAAUGUGAGAUCUGAAAUCUUCAAACGAAUCACCAGGUCCAAGAACAGGGAUCCCUUGCAAGAUCAAAUUAAGGAAGAGAAUGUUCAGGACCCCCUUAAUUUAAACGAAGAGCCAGUCAAUCAAAAGCAGGAAUAAGACAACCAUUUGAUUUCACACUAAAAAGUAGGUGUAAAAGAAGAAAUGGCAUCUAAUGUAGAUUAGAUACCGUGCAAUCCUCAUAUGUUAUUCGAAUAUUAAUCAAGAUUUUAAGCUCUAUAAUAACUUGACUAAGGAACAAUAGAGCUUGGAUUAAAUUAAUACUAACAAUAAUAAUUAUUAUAAUCAUAAUAAUUAUUAUAUUGCUAUCCAAAACUAAAUGACACUCAAAUCAAUUUCUAAUUGUGUUAGAAAUGUAGUAAAUGCGAGAAUACAAUCGACUAAACUCAGUUGUAUUCUUUUCAAGAUAUUAAUCAAUUGUUUAAAUUGUUUUAGUAUCAAAUGUUUAUGCAAAAUCAACCUUUGCUGAAUUAAAAGGCGGAAGUUGAUAUGUCAUAAAUUGGGAAUCAAUAACAAUAGCAAUAUAAAAGCCAUAUAUUGCAGUGACAUUUCAUUAUUGGAACACAAGGACCAAUGAAAAUGUUAAACAUAUAUCAUCCAUUACAAAACCCCAACAUUCAUCCUAA